GCCACGUCCACCUCCCAGUUCUUGGUGAGAUCGCGGAUGGGCUGCAAGAGGUGUGCGAAGCGCGCCUCCACAUCCUCCAUUUCCGGGAGGGGCUGGCGGCCCCGCACCGUAGGACUGGCGUCGGAUACUGCCAGAAGACUCAGCCCGCCACUGGUUCUGGCGCCAUUUUGGUGUUCCCGCCCAGGAAGUACGUACGCAGGGCGCCGCGCGCACACCUACGACGUACGCGGGCCCGCUUUGAGGAGCAGAGCCUCCUGUGGCGGAGAAGCGCAUCGGAAAAGAAACUCCCUGCGGCGCGGGGCCUACGUUGAGGGGCGGGACUACGAGUCAAGGGCCCAACCCUCGUGCACAGGCCUCUAUGGCUCCGAGGGCAUCCUACCUGCUCGGAGGACACUGCGGCCCCAGGGCAAGGGGCGCUGGCAGCAGCUAUGGGAGACACCAACACUGCUAUGGGAGGCACCAAGACUGGGUCUGGACACUGCCCAGGGUCUGGAACUACUGACCCUGCUGGGCACAGUGCUGGCCCUGGGUGCCCUGCUCUUGCAUUCUCUGCGACACCCCCUCAUCUACCUACUGCUCUGGGCUGCCUACCUAUCAGUCUGCCAGGUGGGCCAGGUGUUCCUUUAUUUCCAGUGGGAUUCCCUGCUCCUGGAGACAGGCUUCCUGGCUGUGCUGGUAGCCCCACUGAGACCGCCUCCAAACCAAAAGCAGGCUCCCCAAGGUGGACUAACAGAAGCCUUGCCCCACGAAGAUCUCCCCUUCUGGCUCGUUCGCUGGCUGCUGUUUCGCCUCAUGUUUGCCUCUGGAGUGGUCAAGCUGACCAGCCGCUGCCCUGCGUGGUGGGGGCUCACUGCUCUCACCUACCACUAUGAGACACAGUGCCUUCCCACGCCAGCUGCCUGGCUUGCGCAUCACCUGCCGGUUUGGCUACACAAGCUCAGUGUGGUGGCCACCUUCCUCAUCGAGAUUGCAGUGCCCCUUCUCUUCUUUGCUCCCAUUCGCCGCCUUCGAUUGACUGCCUUCUAUGCUCAGGCACUGUUGCAAGUCCUAAUUAUCAUCACUGGCAACUAUAACUUCUUCAAUCUGCUAACCUUGGUGCUUACCACUACCCUCUUGGAUGACCAUCACUUGUCUGCUGAGCCUGGUCUCAGGCACCACAAAAAGAUGCCUACCUCCUGGUCCAAGGCCCUGCUGGCCAAACUGUCCCUACUGUUUGAACUGGCUGUCUAUGGGCUGCUGGCCUAUGGCACCAUGUACUACUUUGGCCUGGAGGUUGACUGGAAGCAACAUGCCAUUCACUCUAAAACAACCUUCACCUUCUACCAGUUCUCCCAGUGGCUGAAGAUGGUUACCUUGCCCACUGUAUGGCUAGGGGCAGCCUCCCUGGCCUGGGAGUUGCUGAUUGCCCUCUGGAGGUGGAUCCAUGUGCAAGGGUGGCUGCAGAAGUUCUUUGCUGGAGUCCAGCUCUCCAUCCUGGGCACUGCCACAGUGGCCUUGUUCUUGAUCAGUCUGGUGCCGUACUCCUAUGUAGAGCCUGGGACGCACGGGCGCCUCUGGAUUGGGGCUCAUCGCCUGUUUGGUACUGUGGAGCAUCUUCAGCUGGCCAAUUCAUAUGGCCUCUUCCGUAGGAUGACUGGUCUAGGUGGGCGACCUGAGGUGGUACUAGAGGGCAGCUACGAUGGACACCACUGGACAGAGAUUGAGUUUAUGUACAAGCCUGGGAAUGUGAGCCGACCACCCCCUGUUCUGGUGCCACACCAGCCGCGCCUUGAUUGGCAGAUGUGGUUUGCAGCCCUUGGCCCACAUACACACAGCCCCUGGUUCACCAACCUGGUGCUACGUCUGCUGCAGGGCAAGGAGCCAGUGAUCCGUCUGGUCCAGAACCAUAUUUCCAGGUACCCCUUUCACAAGCAGCCACCGACCUAUAUCCGGGCCCAGCGCUAUAAGUACUGGUUCUCACAGCCUGGGGAGCGAAGCCAGUGGUGGCGCCGCCAGUUUGUGGAGGAAUUCUUUCCACCUGUGUCCCUAGGAGACCCAACACUGCAAACACUGCUUAGACAGUUUGGACUUCAGGACAAGAGCCCAGCCCGGGCCCGCAGCCCCAGCAGUGCCCUGGCUCAGACCCUCAACUGGGUGCGGAUGCAGCUGUCUCCCCUGGAGCCUCCCAUCUUACUGUGGGGGCUCCUGGGAGCCGUGGUGGCUGUCAGAGUUGUACAGACCUUGCUAGCUCCCUGGUCAUUCCAGCCCUUGCCCCUGGCCAGAAAGGAGAAACAUCAUCCAACACCAAAGAAGGAUUCUGGAGUUGCCUCUAAACAGGAUGCCCCAGCCCCCAAAAGCAACAGCAGUGACUCCCAGAGCCCCCGGUGGAAAAAAUAGCUGCGUGUGAUAUCAGCCACAUGUCCUCAGAGGGUCAGAGCCCCAGAACUCCAACCUAUAAUAGAACAUAGCCCAGCCACUGUAACUUAGCCAUUCCUGCCAGGGCAGAUGCAGGUUGGAGUGCUGCCACUGAGGAUUGCUAGGUGCUACCUUGAGAGCCCACUAGUCCCUGCACACCAACCACAUCCCUCUCCAGUCACCCCUACCCCCAUUACUGCCUUGGCAGCCAACCCAGAGGUGGGCAUGUGGCCUGGCUCAGAAACUUCCUGGAACAUUAUAAUCAGAGUAAGGCAAGCCCUGCCCUUACCCACACCUUUAAAUGUCUGGAGUUCCUACCCAGACCAAGUGUGGAGGGGAUGUACUAGACUUGCUGAGGAAAGGAGCCAGGGAAGUUGGGCACUUGUGAUGGUGCCUGCCUUCCCCUGAGAAGUGCACCAAUAAAGGCACCUUUUGUGCAUGGCC